UAAAAUUAGCUUGGCAACUAGCUGGUGAAACUGAAGGUGCAGUAGUCGCCAGGAAAAUAGUUGAGUUUUAUAUAGACCCAAUGAGCAAUUCGUUUUAUUAAAGUGGAUAAUUACAAUUGUUAACGAUUCCCAGCUGAGUUGACGAAGAGGCUAAGAUAGCUCGCUAGCUAGCUGUUCAUGUCCGGCUCGGUUUGAAGUGUGCCCAAGAAAUGGAAGACGAUACGAUACAGAAACUACACUUGUCCUCACCACACAUCUUUGUGGAGAGAACUUUGGCUUUGAUUAAACCCGACGCUGCAGAUAAAGCGGAGGAAAUCGAGAGCAUAAUCUUACGAUCUGGAUUUACAGUUUUACAGAAACGAACGCUACAGCUGAGUCCGGAGCAGUGUAGUGACUUCUACGCUGAGCAGUAUGGAAAACUUUUUUUUCCAAGUCUUACUGCCUUCAUGAGCUCUGGACCAAUCACUGCUCUAGCACUGGCUAGGCAUCAGGCCAUAGCUACCUGGAAAGCCUUGAUGGGACCGGCCAAUAGUACUACGGCCAGAGAGACGCAUCGUGACUGCCUAAGAGCAAGAUUUGGCACUUCUGACUUGAGGAAUGCUGUUCAUGGCAGUGAAACAUUCUCAGCCGCUGAAAGGGAACUAAAAUUCAUGUUUCCCAACUCUGUGAUUGAACCCAUUCCCAUGGCUGAGGCUGCCAAGGAUUACCUGAGCAAAUAUAUUAACCCAACACUACUCAAAGGCCUUACUGAGCUGUGUAAGAGAAAACCAUGUGAUCCCUUCAUAUGGCUGGCUGACUGGCUGAUGAAAAAUAACCCUAAUAAACCCAGCAUAAGUAGUGGAACUGAAAUUCAGAAUGAAGCAUGAUCAGAGAUGACUUUUCAGUCACAUCAGUAUGCACCAAGUUAGGUUUUUAUAUAAUCCAAAUGAUUGUUUCUCUACUGCUGAAAGUUGACUGGUCUUAAAAUUAAAUCAUUUUGAAAUUUCUGCCAAUAUUUAUUCAUUGUGCUUUAAAGAGAGAGAAGGUGAGAGAAAGAAAGGUAGAGGUAGUAAAAACUGCAAUUUAGCAGUGCACUACACAAAGAAAUUGGACAUAUCAGAUCAAGGUCCUUUAUCAGCUGUGCAAGUGUUUCUUAAGUUCUAAGAGGAGAAACCUGUCUGAAACCAUGUUUCUCUGGAAUGCUUAUGCACUACACUACACACUAUACUACCUGUACAACUCAAACCGCAGUACAGUGCAAAUAUUAAAAAAAAAUAAGAUACUAUAUCAAAUAAAAUACAGUAAUGUUGUGC